UUUUGUCUCUUCUCUUUUGGUGAUCAGUUUCGCGGGAACUUCAUUGCAGUCCGUUUUUUUUCUCAGUUACUGCCGAUCUGCUGAGUUUCCGGAUUUUAUGUAUUUGAUUUAAACCCGUCUCGGUGUACAUGAUGCUGUUUCGUUUUGUCGUCGAUCGAGGAGUGGAUAAAAGAAGAAGUAACGGUAAGCAUGGGGAUUACCCGCUCUCAUCUUUGCUGGAGUGUUUCCAGUGUCUCCGUCAUGAUGAACACGUGUCAUAUGGAGACUCGGGGGUCGCCGUUCCUCCGUUCGGAUGCACAUUUUCCACAGCUCCUGGGCAAGGCAGCAUGCUGGCUGUAGCAAAUGAAGAAGGAACUGUGAGCCUUUAUAACACUGAGAGAUGUAGCAUUGUGCUGAAAGAAUGGUUGGCGCACGAUAACGCGGUGUUCGAUAUCGCUUGGGUCCCCGGAGCGAACAGCCUGGUGACCGCGUCGGGUGAUCAGACGGCUCGGCUGUGGGACGUGAUCUCCGGGGAGCUGCUGGGAAGCUUUAAAGGGCACCAGUGCAGCCUGAAGAGUGUGACCUUUCCCACACAUGAGAAAGCUGUUUUCUGCACCGGAGGCAGGGACGGGAACAUCAUGCUGUGGGACAUGAGGUGUAGUAAGAAAGAUGGCUUCUACAGGCAGGUAAAACAGAUCAGUGGAGCUCACAUGAAGAUGGAGAGAAACACACCUCAAACGAAGAAAAAACGAGCGCCGUCCAGAGGAAUGGCUCCUUCUGUGGACUCUCAGAGAGGCGUGACUGCUGUGCUUUUCCGUGACGAGAACACGCUCCUCUCGUCAGGAGCCGUAGACGGGUCGAUUAAGAUGUGGGAUUUGAGAAAGAGUUACACGGUGUAUCAGCAGAACCCCACACCACUCCAGACCUAUCAGUACCCCGGAUCAUCCACACGCAAACUAGGGUAUUCAGGCUUAACGUUAGACUCAACAAGCUCCAGACUGUUCUGCAACUGCACAGAUGACAAUAUUUACAUGUUUGAUGUCAGUGGAUUGAAAACUACACCAGUGGCUGUGUUCAGUGGCCACCGUAACUCCUCGUUUUAUGUGAAGUCCAGUAUAAGUCCAGAUGAUCAGUUCCUGGCCAGUGGCUCGAGCGAUGGCCAUGCUCAUAUCUGGAAGAUUUCUGACCCAGCUCUGGCUCCUGUGAUGCUUCAGGGUCACAGCCAGGAAGUGACCUCAGUUACUUGGAGCCCCUCGGAUUUCACAAAGAUCGCGACCUGCUCUGAUGAUAACACGGUGCGGAUCUGGAGGCUCAACCGCAGCAUGGAUGGAAAUUUAGCAUCAGGAGAUUUAAACCUUGUAGGCAGAGCACACCGUAAAAUCCAGACGCCAUCCCGACCAUCUGGCUACUUCCCUCUGGCUGAUAUAACCCCUGUUCGGUGCAGCAGGUCAGGCAGCGAUGACUCUCUCUUGUCCCCUCGACCUGCCUCGUGUGCCCCCAGCGGUGCUGACUUCCCUCCUCCAUCUGUCACCUCCUCUCCUGCUGAUCCUCCGUUUUCGGCCCAGACUAAAACUCCACUCUCAAUCCCAGUCAUUAACACGAUCAGCUCCGAGAGGCGCGCCAAACGCCGCCUGGACACGAGCGAGAUGAGGACGGAGGAAGACGACAGCGAUGGAGUGUCCGAGCUCUAUCCGGAAUGUAAGAGGAUCCGGGAGUCUGCGAGCGCUUUCUGUACAUCAGCGGAGGAAGAAACGGAACGGAAAGAAGACCGGAUCGGCUUGUCUACGCAGGCUGAUAAGGAGAACAGCUCACCUCUGAAAGCUGACUGGCUUUCUGCAAUGAGCCGAAAACUAAAACAAUCUCACAGUGGACCAGCAUUAUCCAAAAGCCCUAAUGCAGGGAAGAGACAAGACCCGAAGACACAGUCCCUCUCUGCACUGGGCUCUCCACAAUCAGUGAAGAAAGCCGGCUCCCCACAGACAAAGAGAAUUUCCUCUCCAGCUUCUAUGAAAAAGAUUUCUGCAUAUUUCCAGAAAACACCAAAAGACUGAAAAUAUUUUUAUUUGUUUUUUUUGGGGGGAUUCUGACUUGGACUAUUCUACUUCCAGUGUUCAUGGAAGGAAAAACCUACACUAAGAUUUUAAGGUGUUUGUUUAUACCUUGGGAACUUUACCCUCCAACUUUGUCUUUUUGUGAGACCAAAUUCAGUGGGAUUUUUUUUUUUUUUUAUGCAAAUGGACAAAUUAUAUUUCAGAAUUUUAUAUAUAUAAAUAUAAAAAAACACAACUUUACCAGUCCUAAAAUCGAUUUAUAAAGAUGUUGUUUAAUGUUGAGUGCAAGUGUAUGAGAUGUGCUGUCAUGUUCAUAAUGCAUGUGGAUUUCUUUUGUUUGUUUUAAACAUUCGAUACUGUGUUGGUUUGAAGUGGUGAUUAAAUACAGGCACUCUGGCUGGUAAAGUCUGAA